AUGGGUAAAUUAGACUACCAUAGUGGACUACUAGCUCAAGUCGAGAAUUUAGAGGGUGAUGUAUUAAAUUUACAGCAAGCAUUAACUUCUUAUUCGCAAAUAUUAACAAAGAUGAGCAACGCUGGACUACUCCUAGCCGAAGCUUUUACGUCAGUUUUUAAAGAAACACCAUUAUGGGAAGCUACUUUUAAACAUACCAACACAAUGAAUGAAAUUAAAGAAGUCGUUGACAAAUGUGUUGUCAGACUAUCACAAAAUGUUGUUGCUACAGUAGAUCAAUUUAAUUCCCUUUUCCCAACAGCUAAGAAAGCAAUUGAUGCACAUAAAAAGAGCUUUGAAACGUAUGAAAAUUAUCGUGAAAAAUUACAGAAAUGCGAAAAUAGUGGUGAUGGAUCCAAUCGAUAUCAAAUGACCCAAGUGAAACUACAGUCAGCCUCCAAGGAAUUUGCUAUGGAAGAUAAUAAAUUGGCUAGCAUUAUGAGUAGUAUGCUAGAAUACCGUGUUCAAAAACUUGGAGCAGCUUUCCUCUCAUUAAUCGAUAUCGAGUCAAAAGCAUUUCAGACUACUGCCAAAGCCCACAAAGCGUUAGAUAAUCAUGAUUCGGUUGGGGAAAUUAUUAGAAGUAGCGUUCUAUCAACUGCUGUAAAAGAUGCUACCAAGGAAUGGUUUAACGUCAUUAAGCUAACUAGCAACUUGCGCAACGGAUAUGGAUUAAACAUCAACGAUCUGGAGUACUUAUCCGGAGGAUUAAGCGGAGGAGAAUUAACUGCGGAGAAGAGCGAGGAAUUGAGUCAAAAAUUAGAUAACUUACUCAAGCUAUAUCGACAAAGACUUGACUCUUUUAACGAUAACUAUGAAGUUGUAGCAGCUUUCCAUUUAAACCCUGAUGGAUUACGUGAUGCUCUUAAGGUUGAUUGUUGUAGCUCCUAUGAGGCCCGGAAACCUUGUGAAUAUAGCAGUACCAUGACAAUACAAGAUGUCAUGGAGCAAAUCAACCGUGAUAUACCUCAGAUUGCUAUAAAAAUAGGUGAGAAACUUUCUACUAGCGAGAAUUACAGAGCCGAUACUGAUAAUGUGCAAGAAAAUGUUGAUACUAAAUUGAAAGCCGUAAUGAAAUUGAUAUCGGCCACAACCUAUCAUAACCGAUUACAUAUAUCAGCUGAUCUACAAAAGGAUCUUGCUAUCAGCGUAUUGCAUCAGAUUUCUCGCUCCGUCGCUAAUUAUUCGUCUAAAAUUGCUGUCCAACUAGUUUUUGGGAAGUCUAAUCUGGUUAUGGUCAAGCAGAGUAGUGAUUCUAAAGAUACUCAUCCAGCUCAGAUAAUGGCGAACGGGGAUAACCUCAUUGUUGCUGUUCCUUCAUCAUGGUGGCUUGUUGAAGAUUCUGCUACGUUUGGCCUUUUAUGUCGUGAUAUAGACCCUUGUGAUCACUUUGGUGUGGUAGAUGCAACGUACAUUGCUUUUUUCAAUAUCAAAGAUUUUAUUGCCGGCCGGUCUCAACAGCUACCGUAUGUCACUCUUCAAAAACGAUUGGAAUCUCCACCCUCAAUGAUAACACCGACGCACUACAAAUCUGAUAAGCAAAAGCGUAAACCUUUUAAGCUUUUCUCUAGUAAAAAAUCUAAAAGUAAAGGUAGCGGUAUGUUAAAAACAUCGAGAGAUCCUUUGCCAACGAUCGAAUCUCCUACAAUUCUGGAGAGUGAUGCCUUUGCAGCCGCAAUGGAAGAUGAUCAAGCCAAAAGAAAUUCUUUCCCUAAUAAUCGAACGCAAUGGAAUAGGGAUGAAUCAUACCAACCAGGUCGAAGAAGUCACUCGAUUCACGGUUCGCCUAACACUUGGAAAUCAAAGCCAGAAAUUAAUUCAUCUAAGGAUAAUUCAUUAAGUUUUCAAUCAAGUAAUAAUAUCAUGCCUUUAGAAUCGAUCAGUGACGGAGACGACUAUGAUGCUUAUGGACCUGAUCAUGAAUACGUGGCUACAGAAGAGGUAGAAGACGUUCCUGGUGGAUGGUUUGAAGCCACUUCCUUUAUUGAUAUCCCUACUGCCGAUGAAAUGGAAAAUAUGAACCCAGAAGGUAUUGCAUCAAACCUUCCAUCAGACUCAGACAUACAAAAUGUAAUCGCAUUUCUUUCUAGAAGAGAAAAUGAUGAACGUACAAGGCAUGUUCGCACAGUUCAUAGUAAUCAAUCUGCGUGGGGUAAUCGACAUUACGAAAUAGCGAGGAAUGUAGAUCACCGUGAUAUAAAUUAUCGUAAAUACGCUCAUGGAGGAAAUUAUGGCAUCAUUGGCUCAGGCUUAAGUGAAAGUAUAGGAAGUAACAUCAGUGGUAGUCAAUACAGUAAUUAUUCUGGAAGUUCGUUAUCGUUAGCAAGUGGUGGCGAUUACUAUAGGAAUCGGGAUUAUAGACAUUCACCGAAUGGAACGCAAUGUAAUAGUAAUAGCAGCAGCAGCGAAAGUAUAUUUUCACUCGGUAAAGGCGUAGCUGGUCCAGAAUUAUUUGCAGUUGCUACUAGCGCGGCAGAUGAAGCUAGAUAUAAAAAUUAUGUCAGUAUGGAAGAUAUUCGUAGAGGCGUAAGUUUUAUGUAG